AUGCAUCCUAAGCAAAUUCAUGAGAUCAAAGACUUUCUUCUAACUGCUAGAAGAAAAGAUGCACGUUCUGUGAAAAUCAAGAGAAGUAAAGAUGUUGUGAAGUUCAAGGUUCGAUGUUCCAAGUACCUGUACACACUAUGUGUCUUUGACUCAGAGAAGGCCGACAAGCUGAAGCAAUCUCUUCCUCCAGUUGACUGUGAUCAGUUUUGA